UUUAUCGAAAGUUAUAACUGAUCGGCUCUCUCGCGUAGACAAGGAGAGUGAUGCGUGGAGCAAAGAUAUCUACAAGCGCGCAAGAUAGAGAGAAUUCUCGAUUAACUGGUCGCGAUACAAACGUAGAAAAUAAGCGAUGUAUGCCAUUUUGAAUGUUCCCUGUCUGUUGUACGUCUGGGUGUCUUUCAUGCUUAAUCGGACUUCUGCGGAGACGCUUACAAAUGCCCGCACUUCAUUCCUUCAAGUGAAAAGAUGGAAUGUCUCAGAAACCAAGGGGCUUGGAUUUCGCUUCAAAACUAUCCUGGCAAAUGCGCUGCUAUUGUACAUGGACGACGUGGGACAGACGAAUUUCUUACGAGUUGAACUGUCUAAAGGGACAAUACUAUUGACAUGCAGCCAUGGAACACGAUCCGGGGCAAUGGCGGUCGAAGUCGGGGAAAAUUUGAACGACUUAGCCUGGCAUCAAGUUUUAUUAGAGAAGAACGAUGGUAUAACGACAAUCUCUGUGGACAAUCGAUGGAAAUCAACAAUAGAGAGCCCCGAGAAGACGCGAUUAAUCAUCAAAAGUCCGAUGUACUUUGGUGGACUACCGACUAAACUCAGCGCAAACAGACUCACCCAGCCUUCGGUGAUUCUUCUGAGCAGAUUUCUGGGAUGUAUAGCAGACAUAGAAUUGUUUGAGUACCCAGCAAGGCGAGGGAAUAGAAGAACGGCGAUCGUGGAGAACUCGGAUGGAAUAGCUCCUGGUUGUAUUGACAAGUGUGAGAAAGAAAAUACAUGUCUCAAUAAUGGCACAUGUCUGAACCGAUUCAUCACAACUAAGUGCGACUGUACGGCCACUGGCUUCAGAGGAGCCGCUUGCGAACAAGCACUUCCGGUUCUUGGCCUUAGCCAAUCAGAUUACGUGGUGUUCAAUCGCUCCGAAAAAGGCAUCUCAACGCGACAUGAUCGAAUCAUUUUGCGAUUCAAAACAGCCAAUCAAAAUGGUUCACUUUUGGUGAGCGGGCGUGGAAGGGACUAUUUAGGAAUUGAGCUAAACCGCGGCUCCCUCCUCGUACGAUGGAACCUUGGAUGGGGUGAAAUCUACGUACACUUGAGUGACAAAGUGAUCAGCGAUAAUGCUUGGCAUUCCGUUGACAUUCGAAGAGACCAACGUCAGCUUUACUUAGUAAUUGACGGAGCCUUUCACGUAAGGAGGAGUUUUCCGGGAACAUUUAUAUCGUUUGACCUUAAACAAGGUGAGGGGGACGUCCUGAUCGGUGGAAUGGGGACGAGUGGUUUCUCUUGGAAUCAGCGUUUGCCAAGAAUACCAUUCGUAGGCUGUUUUCAGGAAAUAAAUUUCAAUAAUGUGGACAUCCUUCAAGAACUUAUUAACGGGAAAGAGGGCUUCACAACCCAAGGUCACCCAAGGUGGAGUUGUGAGGGUUCACAGGACCUGCCUCCAACGACUGUCGCAAAACCAUCAACUACACCUCUUGUAGCCUCAGAACAAACAACGGAAGCAGCGGUAACAAGUAAAAAGAGGGUUCAACCUAUCACUUCAUAUAAAACCGCACGGAUGGUAACCACCAAGGAUUAUACACACGUGUCAGCGGUCAGUUUUUCUGGAAAUUCAAUAAUGCCUUGCUCAGAUGACGAAGACGAUUGCAGAUCAGAAGGGUCCGGAUCGGAAGAGAACUCGGGUGAAAGUGGUUCGGUGGUAGAGGAGUCGGGCAUAUUUUCCGAAGUCUCAGGGGAUCGUGAGAUUAACGAAAACAAAAUCCCGAAUAACAACAGCAAGAAAAAUUUUUUAAAAGGGCUUCCUUCCAAGGCACCCGAGGCUGAGACCGAAGGCGAGUCAGACAUUUCGCAAACGCCCUGUGUCGGAGACGACGAAGAUGCGUGUGAGAAUGUUUAUGAAUCAGGCCAGGGUUCCGCUGAACCAGGCUCCGCGGGCGGAAGUAGUGCCUCCCCUCGUCCUAGGACCUUGCCGCGUGACGAUGGUAACAAUCAAGUAAAAAAACGCGUUACAGUAAAACACGACAGCAGUAAAAAAUGGACGCUGAUCGCUGGCAUUAUAGUAGUGGCGACCGUGCUCGUCUUGUUUUGCAUCUUUGCUAUUUGGUGGCUCUGUAAGAACAAAAACAAUCCUCAAUGGACAGGAAUAUAUAAUGGAAGCAGAGAAACAUGUCUACAAGCAGAAAAUACAGAUAUCUAAAAGAUAGACUGAAAACUGUACUUCCUUUGAUGCAUGAGUUCUUUCUUGCCUUUUUGAUGUCUCAUGCUUACAUCCGCUGUCAAACUGUUUUUCAAUUUAUUUGGCCUCAAAAAAUUCUACGAAUUGCGCCACUUGUAGAAGGAAUCACACGCAAUCUUCUGAAGAUUGUGGUUACUAAGCAACCUGACUUACCUUAAUGGCUUGUAGUCGCAUCUAUCUGGUAUAAACAAAACAAACUAGACUUUCCCAAUCGCACACUUUUUAACCGGUUCAAGACACGUCUGAGACUGGGUUCUAAAAAUUCCAUAUUGAUGACGUAGUUUAACAGAGAUCUGUGUUGUGUUUCUGACUGGUUGUUACUUGCGCGCGAAAAUUGAGUGUAAACCAAUCAGAGAUCACAAGUGAUCAAAAACGUCACGAGUACGAAAAGAGCUUUAAAGUAGAGACAACAAACCACAUCUUGAACAGACUCAUUCGUUAGCUCUUGGUGACCCUUGACCAGAAAAGAAAUAAAUAACUUAUAAAAUGA